AUCAGAAAAACCCUAAAGCGUCUUCUUCAAUUCUCGUUUUCAGCCUUGCCGAGGUUUUACAGUUUUCAACAAAUAGCAAAAUCCUUUACCGAGCUUGUCCAAAAUACUCGGCACAUUGUUAUUUGAAACCCAAAAAAAAGGAGCAAAUUUAUUCGUUGCGUUUAUAUGGGAAAAGAAAAAGAAGAAAUUUUUGGAAAUAAUAGCAUUGAAGAUGUCAGUUGGCUUUGUUCCCUUUCUGAAUCCGAGCUUGAUUUAUUGAUUAGCUUAAAGAAGCUAGCCUUGAAACGUGCUAGUGUAAUUGGGCAUGUUCAACUAGCCAAGAAGUUUGAUUUGAAGAUGCUUCGAGCCCUAGGGUUCAUUUUGAUGGAAUGUCUCAAAGAAAAGGUCAAGGACUUGUCACUUAUUCCUGUCAUGGUUGAGUCUGCUGCAUUUCUUGAUUCUUCCAAUUUAUUAAAAUGUAAGCUUGAUGAUCUGAUGAGCAUUGAAGAGCUAAAGGAAUGUAUUGCAUUUAAAACAAGAAAGGAAUUUUGCAAAAGACCAUGCGGAAAGGAUCUGAUUAUUAGAAGUAGUAAGAGAUCUAAAUCAGAAGAUCUGGAAGAAGAAACAGAAAGCCAGCAGCAGAAGGUUAUUACAUCUGAUCUCGUCAAUGUUGAAGAUACAGUAAAUGUCAUGACUGAUGAGGUUGAUGGUUAAUACAUGAUCACAUUCUUUUCAGAUUUCCUUUUUGGCUGCAUGUGUUCAACUUUUUAUUGCAGUUCGUUUCUUUUAUUUUCUCAAAUGUUUAUUAUCUACAAAAGUACAAUCUGCAAUAUAUAAAAAGUUCUGCAACCUCAUCACCUGUAGCGAAACAGAACCAAUAUUGUAAUCGUAUAUAGCGAGAGUUUCAGGGAAAAGAGCAUGGUUUUUAAUGUUAAAUGGAAAUUUGGAAGUGCGGUUUAUGUAAUGUGCUAAAUGUUGUGGAUUAUGGGCAAGGCUGAGCAUCUUUUGUUAAAUCUAGAUGCUUUGUUUGAAAAUGGUUUUAAAAGUUUAGAUUGGGGAAUCCACAAGGAAUUUUGGAAGUCCAAAUGUAAGGUUUCAAAUUAUUUUUUGAAAUAAGUAUUUGUGAAAUUCAACUCAAUUACAGUUCCUUUCUCAAAGUUUAAAAUCUUAUAUUUCAGCCAAUGGGAAGAUCAUGGUACUUUAAACAUAAAAUUUAGUUUAAUU